GAGCUGCAUGUGAUCUUCCCCUGGCUGGUGGAGACGGUGUUCGGCAGUCUGGACGGGAUCCUCGGGGGCUGGAACCUCAGGCUGCUGCAGGCCAGGAGCCACGAGUACAACAUCGCUCUGGAGUUCCUCAGCCCCAGUGGGCCCAUGAUGAAGCUGGUGUACAAACUUCAAGCAGAAGAGUACAAAUAUGAAAUACCCGUCAACUAUCUCCCGGGUCCGGUGAAGGCGUGCAUCCAGCAGGGCGUCCUCCCAGAAUGCCCUCUGUUCCACAACAAGCUGCAGUUCCCCCUCAGCGGACUCCUCACUCUGAACCUGGCACUCAAUCCAUUUGAAUUCUUCAUGUUUAACUUUGCCUACUGCCUCAUCACACCGAAGCCCCCCCCUCAGCAGCAGGGCAGCUCCACUGACAGCGCCUACUUUGUGCUGGUGGACAUGUACCUGAAGUACUUCCUGCCCAGUGAAGGCAGCGUCCCCCCCUCGCCUUUCUCCGACUCCAGAGGCUCCGUCACUGCUCCCUCACCCAGAUCUACGAGCGUGUCCUUCUCUGGGUACGGCGUGCACAGCCCCAGCCUCCUGAAGCAUCACAUCUUCCAGCAGCCGUCAGUGAACGCUGACCCGGCAGCGCAGGAGAUCUGGAGGUCAGAGACUCUGCUGCAGAUGUUCGUGGAGGUGUGGCUCCAUCACUAUUCGUUAGAGAUGUAUCAGAAGCUGCAGUCUCCUCAGGUAAAGUUGGCGUUGCUUCAGUACCGCCUCAGUAUGUCCAGCAUGCCGAGCCAACCCUUCACCCCACCAGGCUCUGGGACCCUCAACACCUACCAAGUACUAUUACCUUUUCAUUCACCCCUGUCCCUCUGGGGUCUCCUGGAGGAGCCGUUCAGCCCCACGGAGGAACACGUGUUGGUGGUUCGUCUCCUGGUGAAAAACCUCCACGCCUUCUCAAACAGCCUGAAGCCGGAUCAGCUGACCUCUUCCCCCCCGACACACUCACACACACACACUCACACCAGCCCCCUGGAGGAGUUCAAGAGAGUGGUGGUGCAGCGCUUCGUGCAGCAGAAGCUCUACCUGUUCCUGCAGCACUGCUUCGGCCACUGGCCUCUGGACGCCUCCUUCAGAGCGGUGUUGGAGACGUGGCUCAGCUACAUCCAGCCGUGGAGAUACACCGGAGAGAAGAUCAACCCUCAGGCCGACCAGAACAGAACGGUGCCAGAGAAAUGGGAGUCCUUUGUGCAGGAGAACCUCCUCAUGUACACCAAGCUCUUCCAGGUUCUGCUGAACCGAGCCGUCAGGACCGAUCUGGUCAACGCCAAAAACGCUCUGAUGGUUUUCAGAGUCUCCAAAGUGUUCGCUCAGCCAAACCUCGCCGACAUGAUCCAGAAAGGAGAGCAGCUGUUUCUGGAGCCGGAGCACGUCCUUCAUCACCGGCAGCCGAGAGGAUACCUGACGCCGAAUCAGGGAGGCAGCUUCCUGUCGUCACGGCAACGCGUGGUGACAGACAUGGUGUUCAGGGUGAAGAGUCACGUCUACGCUCUGGAGGGACAAGACUGCCAGUACAAGCAGAUGUUCGGAAACGAGCUCAGAGGAGCGGUCAUGAAGUUGAUCCAAAUCAUCGCCCAGGCCCGACAGACGGCCAAGAGGAUUUCUGAUCACUCCAACGAGGUGGCGGCCAGCAACUCGUUCCUCUCGUGGUUCGGGGUGGGAUCCUCGGACCUGAACAACACGUUCUCCGGCGCCGAGCCCGAGGAGAGCGGCGAGUGUUUGAAGAAAACCCACGAGUUCCUGGACCGAGCGCUGGAGCACCUGUGUCAAAUCUUCAAGCUGAACCAGGGUCAGCUGACUCAGCUCAUCUCCACUCUGGGCUCCUGUCAGGACGAAGGGAACUGCAAACAGCUGCCGGACUGCAUCCAGGGAGAGAACGGACUCAUGCUCACCGACCUGGGCCGCAAACAG